AUGUCUUCCCGGGCCAGCGUGAACGCUCUGCAGCGCCUGGCGGAGCAGCCCAACGUGGAGGCCGGUGGGGAGAGGAUCAAGGUCUCUCGGGCGGCUGCAGAGCUUCAGCAGUACCGCGUGCAGAGUGCCUGCAACGAUGGCCUGCUGGUCGGGGUGCCGGCCGGGAGCAACCCCUUCCGGGAGCCUAGAUCAUGCGCUUUGCUCUGA